AUGCUUGUGCUUCCUCUUCUUGCGCUUCCUCUGCUUACGCUUCUUCUGCUUGUGCUUCCUCUGCUUGCUCUUCCUUUGCUUACGCUUCCUCUGCUUGCGCUCCUGUGCUUGUGCUUUCUCUGCUUGUGCUUCCUCUGCUUGCGCUUCCUUUGCUUGCGCUUCCUCUGCUUGCGCUUUCUCUGCUUGUGCUUCCUCUGCUUAUGCUUCCUCUGCUUGUGCUUCCUCUGCUUGCGCUUCCUCUGCUUGUGCUUCCUCUACUUGCGCUUCCUUUGCUUGCGCUUCCUCUGUUUGCGCUUCCUCUGCUUGCGCUUCCUCUGCUUGCGCUUCCUCUGCUUGCGCUUCCUCUGCUUGGGCUCCUCUGCUUGUGCUUCCUCUGCUUAUGCUUCCUCUGCUUGCGCUUCCUCUGCUUGUGCUUCCUCUGCUUGUGCUUCCUCUACUUGCGCAUCCUCUGCUUGUGCUUCCUCUACUUGCGCUUCCUCUGCUUGCGCUUCCUCUUCUUGUGCUUCCUCUGCUUGCGCUUCCUCUGCUUGUGCUUCCUCUGCUUGUGCUUCCUCUGCUUGCGCUUCCUCUGCUUGCGCUUCCUCUGAUUGUGCUUCCUCUGAGAGCGCUUCCUCUUCUUGUGCUUCCUCUGCUUGCGCUUCUUCUGCUUGUGCUUUCAUUGCUUGUGCUUCCUCUGCUUGCGCUUCCUCUUCUUGUGCUUCUUCUGCUUGUGCUCCCUCUACUUGCGCUUCCUCUGCUUGGGCUCUUGUGCUUGUGCUUCCACUGCUUGUGCUUCCUCUGCUUGCGCUUCCUCACUUCCUCUGCUUGUCCUCCUCUGCUUGCGCUUCCUCUGCUUGCGCUUCCUAUGCUUGCGCUUCCUCUUCUUGUGCUUCCUCUGCUUACGCUUCCUCUGCUUGUGCUUCCUCCGCUUGCUCUUCCUUUGCUUACGCUUCCUCUGCUUGCGCUCCUCUGCUUGUGCUUUCUCUGCUUGUGCUUUCUCUGCUUGCGCUUCCUCUGCUUGUGCUUCCUCUGCUUGUGCUCCUCUGCUUGCGCUUCCUCUGCUUGCGCUUCCUAUGCUUGCGCUUCCUCUUCUUGUGCUUCCUCUGCUUACGCUUCCUCUGCUUGUGCUUCCUCUGCUUGCUCUUCCUUUGCGUACGCUUCCUCUGCUUGCGCUCCUGUUCUUGUGCUUUCUCUGCUUGUGCUUCCUCUGCUUGCGCUUCCUCUGCUUGUGCUUCCUCUGCUUGCGCUUCCUCUGCUUGUGCUUCCUUUGCUUGCGCUUCCUCUGCUUGCGCUCCUCUGCUUGUGCUUCCUCUGCUUGCGCUUCCUCUGCUUGCGCUCCUCUGCUUGUGCUUCCUCUGCUUACGCUUCCUCUACUUGUGCUUCUCUGCUUGCGCUUCCUCUGCUUGUGCUUCCUCUGCUUGCGCUUCCUCUGCUUGCGCUUCCUCUGCUUGCGCUUCCUCUGCUUGCGCUUUCUCUGCUUAUGCUUCCUCUGCUUAUGCUUCCUCAGCUUGUGCUUCCUCUGCUUGCGCUUCCUCUGCUUGUGCUUCCUCUGCUUACGCUUCCUCUGCUUGUGCUUCCUGUGCUUGCGCUUUCUCUUCUUGGGCUCCUUUGCUUGUGCUUCCUCUGCUUGUGCUUCCUCUGCUUGCGCUUUCUCUGCUCGUGCUUCCUGUGCUUGUGCUUCCUCUGCUUGCGCUUCCUCUGCUUUUGCUUCCUCUGCUUGCGCUUCCUCUGCUUGCGCUUCUUCUGCUUGUGGUUCCUCUGCUUGUGCUUCCUCUGCUUGUGCUUCCUCUACUUGCGCUUCCUCUGCUUGCGCUUCCUCUGCUUGUGCUCUUUGGUUGUGCUUCCUCUACUUGUGCUUCCUCUGCUUGCACUUCCUUUAGUUGUGUUUCCGCUGCUUGUGCUUCCUCUACUUGUGCUUUCUCUGCUUGCUCUUCCUCUGCUUGUGCUUCCUCUGCUUGCGCUUCCUCUGUUUGGGCUCCUCUGCUUGUGCUUCCUCUGCUUAUGCUUCCUCUGCUUGCGCUUCCUCUGCUUGUGCUUCCUCUGCUUGUGCUUCCUCUGCUUGCGGUUCCUCUGCUUGCGCUUCCUCUGCUUGCGCUUCCUCUGCUUGCGCUUCCUCUGCUUGUUCUUCCUCUGCUUGCGCUUCCUCUGCUUGCACUUCCUCUGCUUGUGCUCCUCUGCUUGCGCUUCCUCUGCUUGCGCUUCCUAUGCUUGUGCUUCCUCUUCUUGCGCUUCCUCUGCUUACGCUUCUUCUGCUUGUGCUUCCUCUGCUUGCUCUUCCUUUGCUUACGCUUCCUCUGCUUGCGCUCCUGUGCUUGUGCUUUCUCUGCUUGUGCUUCCUCUGCUUGCGCUUCCUCUGCUUGUGCUUCCUUUGCUUGCGCUUCCUCUACUUGUGCUUCCUCUGCUUGUGCUUCCUCUGCUUGCUCUUCCUUUGCGUACGCUUCCUCUGCUUGCGCUCCUCUGCUUGUGCUUUCUCUGCUUGUGCUUCCUCUGCUUGCGCUUCCUCUGCUUGUGCUUCCUCUGCUUGCGCUUCCUCUACUUGUGCUUCCUUUGCUUGCGCUUCCUCUGCUUGUGCUUCCUCUGCUUGUGCUUCCUCUGCUUGCGCUUCCUCUGCUUGCGCUCCUCUGCUUGUGCUUCCUCUGCUUGCGCUUCCUCUGCUUGUGCUUCGCUGCUUGCGCUUCCUCUGCUUGUGCUUCCUCUCCUUGCGCUUCCUCUGCUUGCGCUUCCUCUGCUUGCGCUUCCUCUGAUUGCGCUUCCUCUGCUUGCGCUUUCUCUGCUAAUGCUUCCUCUGCUUAUGCUUCCUCAGCUUGUGCUUCCUCUGCUUGCGCUUCCUCUGCUUGUGCUUCCUCUGCUUACGCUUCCUCUGCUUGCGCUUCCUGUGCUUGCGCUUCCUCUGCUUGCGCUUCCUCUGCUUGCGCUUCCUCUGCUUGCGCUUCCUCUGCUUGCGCUUCCUCUGCUUGCGCUUCCUCUGCUUGCGCUUUCUCUCCUUGGGAUCCUUUGCUUGUGCUUCCUCUGCUUGUGCUUCCUUUGCUUGCGCUUUCUCUGCUUGUGCUUCCUCUGCUUGUGCUUCCUCUACUUGCGCUUCCUCUGCUUUUGCUUCCUCUGCUUGCGCUUCCUCUGCUUGCGCUUCUUCUGCUUGUGGUUCCUCUACUUGUGCUUCCUGUGCUUGUGCUUCCUCUACUUGCGCUUCCUCUGCUUGCGCUUCCUCUGCUUGUGCUCUUUGGUUGUGCUUCCUCCGCUUGUGCUUCCUCUUCUUGUACUUCCUCUUCUUGUGCUUCCUCUGCUUGUGCUUCCUCUACUUGUGCAUCCUCUGCUUGUGCUUCCUCUGCUUGUACUUCCUCUACUUGCGCUUCCUCUGCUUACGCUUCCUCUGCUUGCGCUUCCUCUGCUUACGCUUCCUCUGCUUACGCUUCCUCCACUUGCGCUCCUCUACUUGCGCUUCCUCUGCUUACGCUUCCUCUAGUUACGCUUCCUCUGUUUGCGCUUCCUCUGCUUACGCUUCCUCCACUUGCGCUCCUCUGCUUGCGCUUCCUCUGCUUACGCUUCCUCUGCUUGCGCCUCCUCUGCUUGCGCUUCCUGUGCUUGUGCUUCCUCUGCUUGUGCUUCCUCUGCUUGCGCUUCCACUGCUUGCGCUUCUUCUGCUUGUGCUUCCUAUGCUUGCGCUGCCUCUAUUUGCGCUUCCUCUGCUUGCGUUUCCUCUGCUUGCGCUCUUCUGCUUGUGCUUCCUCUCCUUGCGCUUCCUCUGCUUCUGCUUCCUCUACUUGCGCCUCCUCUGCUUGUGCUUCCUCUACUUGCGCUUCCUUUGCUUGCGCUUCCUCUGCUUGCGCUUUCUCUGCUUGUGCUUCCUCUGCUUAUGCUUCCUCUGCUUGUGCUUCCUCUGCUUGCGCUUCCUCUGCUUGUGCUUCCUCUACUUGCGCUUCCUUUGCUUGCGCUUCCUCUGUUUGCGCUUCCUCUGCUUGCGCUUCCUCUGCUUGCGCUUCCUCUGCUUGCGCUUCCUCUGCUUGGGCUCCUCUGCUUGUGCUUCCUCUGCUUAUGCUUCCUCUGCUUGCGCUUCCUCUGCUUGUGCUUCCUCUGCUUGUGCUUCCUCUACUUGCGCAUCCUCUGCUUGUGCUUCCUCUACUUGCGCUUCCUCUGCUUGCGCUUCCUCUUCUUGUGCUUCCUCUGCUUGCGCUUCCUCUGCUUGUGCUUCCUCUGCUUGUGCAUCCUCUGCUUGCGCUUCCUCUGCUUGCGCUUCCUCUGAUUGUGCUUCCUCUGAGAGCGCUUCCUCUUCUUGUGCUUUCUCUGCUUGCGCUUCUUCUGCUUGUGCUUUCAUUGCUUGUGCUUCCUCUGCUUGCGCUUCCUCUUCUUGUGCUUCUUCUGCUUGUGCUUCCUCUACUUGCGCUUCCUCUGCUUGGGCUCUUGUGCUUGUGCUUCCACUGCUUGUGCUUCCUCUGCUUGCGCUUCCUGUGCUUGUGCUUCCUCUGCUUCUGCUUCCUCUGCUUGCACUUCCUCUGCUUGCGCUUCCUCUGCUUGCGCUCCUCUGCUUGUGCUUCCUCUACUUGUGCUUCCUCUGUUUGCGCUUCCUCUAGUUGUGCUUCUGCUGCUUGUGCUUCCUCUGCUUGUGCUUUCUCUGCUUGUGCUUCUUCUGCUUGCGCUUCCUCUGCUUGCGCUUCCUCUGCUUGCGCUUCCUCUGCUUGUGCUUCCUCUGCUUGUGCUUCCUCUGCUUGCGCUUCCUCUGCUUGCGCUUCCUCUGCUUGCGCUUCCUCUGCUUGUGCUUUCUCUGCUUGCGCUUCCUCUACUUGUGCUUCCUCUGCUUCAGGCGCUUCCUCUACUUGGGCUCCUCUGCUUGUGCUUCCUCUGCUUGUGCUUCCUCUGCUUGUGCUUCCUCUGCUUGCGCUUCCUCUGCUUGCGCUUCCUCUGCUUGCGCUUCCUCUGCUUGCGCUUCCUCUGCUUGUUCUUCCUCUGCUUGCGCUUCCUCUGCUUGCACUUCCUCUGCUUGAGCUCCUCUGCUUGCGCUUCCUCUGCUUGCGCUUCCUAUGCUUGUGCUUCCUCUUCUUGCGCUUCCUCUGCUUACGCUUCUUCUGCUUGUGCUUCCUCUGCUUGCUCUUCCUUUGCUUACGCUUCCUCUGCUUGCGCUCCUGUGCUUGUGCUUUCUCUGCUUGUGCUUCCUCUGCUUGCGCUUCCUUUGCUUGCGCUUCCUCUGCUUGCGCUUUCUCUGCUUGUGCUUCCUCUGCUUAUGCUUCCUCUGCUUGUGCUUCCUCUGCUUGCGCUUCCUCUGCUUGUGCUUCCUCUACUUGCGCUUCCUUUGCUUGCGCUUCCUCUGUUUGCGCUUCCUCUGCUUGCGCUUCCUCUGCUUGCGCUUCCUCUGCUUGCGCUUCCUCUGCUUGGGCUCCUCUGCUUGUGCUUCCUCUGCUUAUGCUUCCUCUGCUUGCGCUUCCUCUGCUUGUGCUUCCUCUGCUUGUGCUUCCUCUACUUGCGCAUCCUCUGCUUGUGCUUCCUCUACUUGCGCUUCCUCUGCUUGCGCUUCCUCUUCUUGUGCUUCCUCUGCUUGCGCUUCCUCUGCUUGUGCUUCCUCUGCUUGUGCUUCCUCUGCUUGCGCUUCCUCUGCUUGCGCUUCCUCUGAUUGUGCUUCCUCUGAGAGCGCUUCCUCUUCUUGUGCUUCCUCUGCUUGCGCUUCUUCUGCUUGUGCUUUCAUUGCUUGUGCUUCCUCUGCUUGCGCUUCCUCUUCUUGUGCUUCUUCUGCUUGUGCUCCCUCUACUUGCGCUUCCUCUGCUUGGGCUCUUGUGCUUGUGCUUCCACUGCUUGUGCUUCCUCUGCUUGCGCUUCCUGUGCUUGUGCUUCCUCUGCUUCUGCUUCCUCUGCUUGCACUUCCUCUGCUUGCGCUUCCUCUGCUUGCGCUCCUCUGCUUGUGCUUCCUCUACUUGUGCUUCCUCUCUUUGCGCUUCCUCUAGUUGUUCUUCUGCUGCUUGUGCUUCCUCUGCUUGUGCUUUCUCUGCUUGUGCUUCUUCUGCUUGCGCUUCCUCUGCUUGCGCUUCCUCUGCUUGCACUUCCUCUGCUUGUGCUUCCUCUGCUUGUGCUUCCUCUGCUUGCGCUUCCUCUGCUUGUGCUUCCUCUGCUUGUGCUUCCUCUGCUUGCGCUUCUUCUGCUUGCGCUUCCUCUGCUUGCGCUUCCUCUGCUUGCGCUUCCUCUGCUUGUUCUUCCUCUGCUUGCGCUUCCUCUGCUAGCACUUCCUCUGCUUGUCCUCCUCUGCUUGCGCUUCCUCUGCUUGCGCUUCCUAUGCUUGCGCUUCCUCUUCUUGUGCUUCCUCUGCUUACGCUUCCUCUGCUUGUGCUUCCUCCGCUUGCUCUUCCUUUGCUUACGCUUCCUCUGCUUGCGCUCCUCUGCUUGUGCUUUCUCUGCUUGUGCUUUCUCUGCUUGCGCUUCCUCUGCUUGUGCUUCCUCUGCUUGUGCUCCUCUGCUUGCGCUUCCUCUGCUUGCGCUUCCUAUGCUUGCGCUUCCUCUUCUUGUGCUUCCUCUGCUUACGCUUCCUCUGCUUGUGCUUCCUCUGCUUGCUCUUCCUUUGCGUACGCUUCCUCUGCUUGCGCUCCUGUUCUUGUGCUUUCUCUGCUUGUGCUUCCUCUGCUUGCGCUUCCUCUGCUUGUGCUUCCUCUGCUUGCGCUUCCUCUGCUUGUGCUUCCUUUGCUUGCGCUUCCUCUGCUUGCGCUCCUCUGCUUGUGCUUCCUCUGCUUGCGCUUCCUCUGCUUGCGCUCCUCUGCUUGUGCUUCCUCUGCUUACGCUUCCUCUACUUGUGCUUCUCUGCUUGCGCUUCCUCUGCUUGUGCUUCCUCUGCUUGCGCUUCCUCUGCUUGCGCUUCCUCUGCUUGCGCUUCCUCUGCUUGCGCUUUCUCUGCUUAUGCUUCCUCUGCUUAUGCUUCCUCAGCUUGUGCUUCCUCUGCUUGCGCUUCCUCUGCUUGUGCUUCCUCUGCUUACGCUUCCUCUGCUUGUGCUUCCUGUGCUUGCGCUUUCUCUUCUUGGGCUCCUUUGCUUGUGCUUCCUCUGCUUGUGCUUCCUCUGCUUGCGCUUUCUCUGCUCGUGCUUCCUGUGCUUGUGCUUCCUCUGCUUGCGCUUCCUCUGCUUUUGCUUCCUCUGCUUGCGCUUCCUCUGCUUGCGCUUCUUCUGCUUGUGGUUCCUCUGCUUGUGCUUCCUCUGCUUGUGCUUCCUCUACUUGCGCUUCCUCUGCUUGCGCUUCCUCUGCUUGUGCUCUUUGGUUGUGCUUCCUCUACUUGUGCUUCCUCUGCUUGCACUUCCUUUAGUUGUGUUUCCGCUGCUUGUGCUUCCUCUACUUGUGCUUUCUCUGCUUGCUCUUCCUCUGCUUGUGCUUCCUCUGCUUGCGCUUCCUCUGUUUGGGCUCCUCUGCUUGUGCUUCCUCUGCUUAUGCUUCCUCUGCUUGCGCUUCCUCUGCUUGUGCUUCCUCUGCUUGUGCUUCCUCUGCUUGCGGUUCCUCUGCUUGCGCUUCCUCUGCUUGCGCUUCCUCUGCUUGCGCUUCCUCUGCUUGUUCUUCCUCUGCUUGCGCUUCCUCUGCUUGCACUUCCUCUGCUUGUGCUCCUCUGCUUGCGCUUCCUCUGCUUGCGCUUCCUAUGCUUGUGCUUCCUCUUCUUGCGCUUCCUCUGCUUACGCUUCUUCUGCUUGUGCUUCCUCUGCUUGCUCUUCCUUUGCUUACGCUUCCUCUGCUUGCGCUCCUGUGCUUGUGCUUUCUCUGCUUGUGCUUCCUCUGCUUGCGCUUCCUCUGCUUGUGCUUCCUUUGCUUGCGCUUCCUCUACUUGUGCUUCCUCUGCUUGUGCUUCCUCUGCUUGCUCUUCCUUUGCGUACGCUUCCUCUGCUUGCGCUCCUCUGCUUGUGCUUUCUCUGCUUGUGCUUCCUCUGCUUGCGCUUCCUCUGCUUGUGCUUCCUCUGCUUGCGCUUCCUCUACUUGUGCUUCCUUUGCUUGCGCUUCCUCUGCUUGUGCUUCCUCUGCUUGUGCUUCCUCUGCUUGCGCUUCCUCUGCUUGCGCUCCUCUGCUUGUGCUUCCUCUGCUUGCGCUUCCUCUGCUUGUGCUUCGCUGCUUGCGCUUCCUCUGCUUGUGCUUCCUCUCCUUGCGCUUCCUCUGCUUGCGCUUCCUCUGCUUGCGCUUCCUCUGAUUGCGCUUCCUCUGCUUGCGCUUUCUCUGCUAAUGCUUCCUCUGCUUAUGCUUCCUCAGCUUGUGCUUCCUCUGCUUGCGCUUCCUCUGCUUGUGCUUCCUCUGCUUACGCUUCCUCUGCUUGCGCUUCCUGUGCUUGCGCUUCCUCUGCUUGCGCUUCCUCUGCUUGCGCUUCCUCUGCUUGCGCUUCCUCUGCUUGCGCUUCCUCUGCUUGCGCUUCCUCUGCUUGCGCUUUCUCUCCUUGGGAUCCUUUGCUUGUGCUUCCUCUGCUUGUGCUUCCUUUGCUUGCGCUUUCUCUGCUUGUGCUUCCUCUGCUUGUGCUUCCUCUACUUGCGCUUCCUCUGCUUUUGCUUCCUCUGCUUGCGCUUCCUCUGCUUGCGCUUCUUCUGCUUGUGGUUCCUCUACUUGUGCUUCCUGUGCUUGUGCUUCCUCUACUUGCGCUUCCUCUGCUUGCGCUUCCUCUGCUUGUGCUCUUUGGUUGUGCUUCCUCUGCUUGUGCUUCCUCUUCUUGUGCUUCCUCUGCUUGCGAUUCCUCUGCUUGUGCUUCCUCUGCUUGCGCUUCCUCUACUUGGGCUCCUCUGCUUCUGCUUCCUCUGCUUGUGCUUCCUCUGGUUGUGCUUCCUCUGCUUGCGCUUCCUCUGCUUACGCUUCCUCUGCUUGCGCUUCCUCUGCUUGCGCUUCCUCUGCUUGCGCUACCUCUGCUUGUGCUUCCUCUGCUUGUGCUUCCUCUGCUUGAUCUUCCUCUGCUUGCGCUUCCUCUGCUUACGCUUCCUCUGCUUGGGCUCCUCUGCUUGUGCUUCCUCUGCUUGUGCUUCCUCUGCUUGCGCUUCCUCUACUUGUGCUUCCUCUGCUUCUGCUUCCUCUGCUUGCGCUUCCUCUGCUUGCGCUUCCUCUGCUUGCGCUUCCUCUGCUUGCGCUUCCUCUGCUUGUUCUUCCUCUGCUUGCGCUUCCUCUGCUUGCACUUCAUCUGCUUGUGCUCCUCUUCUUGCGCUUCCUCUGCUUGCGCUUCCUAUGCUUGCGCUUCCUCUUCUUUCGCUUCCUCUGCUUACGCUUCCUCUGCUUGUGCUUCCUCUGCUUGCUCUUCCUUUGCUUACACUUCCUCUGCUUGCGCUCCUCUGCUUGUGCUUCCUCUGCUUGUGCUUCCUCUGCUUGCGCUUCCUCUGCUUGUGCUUCCUCUGCUUGUGCUUCCUUUGCUUGCGCUUCCUCUGCUUGCGCUCCUCUGCUUGUGCUUCCUCUGCUUGCGCUUCCUCUGCUUGCGCCUCCUCUGCUUGUGCUUCCUCUGCUUGCGCCUUCCUCUGGUUGUGCUUCCUCUGCUUGCGCUUCCUCUGCUUGCGCUUCCUCUGCUUGCGCUUCCUCUGCUUGCGCUUCCUCUGCUUGCGCUUUCUCUGCUUAUGCCUCCUCUGCUUAUGCUUCCUCAGCUUGUGCUUCCUCUGCUUGCGCUUCCUCUGCUUGUGCUUCCUCUGCUUACGCUUCCUCUGCUUGCGCUUCCUUUACUUGCGCUUCCUCUGCUUGCGCUUCCUCUGCUUGCGCUUCCUCUGCUUGCGCUUCCUCUACUUGCGCUUCCUCUGCUUGCGCUUCCUCUGCUUGCGCUUUCUCUGCUUGGGCUCCUUUGCUUGUGCUUCCUCUGCUUGUGCUUCCUCUGCUUGCGCUUCCUCUGCUUGUGCUUCCUCUGCUUGUGCUUCCUCUGCUUCCGCUUCCUCUGCUUGUGCUUCCUCUGCUUGCGCUUCCUCUGCUUGCGCUUCUUCUGCUUCUCGUUCCUCUGCUUGUGCUUCCUCUGCUUGUGCUUCCUCUACUUGCGCUUCCUCUUCUUGCGCUUCCUCUGCUUGUGCUCUUUGGUUGUGCUUCCUCUGCAUGUGCUUCCUCUGCUUGCGCUUCCUCUGCUUGUGCUUCCUCUGCUUGCGCUUCCUCUGCUUAUGCUUCCUCUACUUGCGCUUCCUCUACUUGCGCUCCUCUGCUUCUGCUUCCUCUGCUUGUGCUUCCUCUGCUUGUGCUUCCUCUGCUUGCUCUUCCUCUGCUUUCGCUUCUCUACUUGCGCUUCCUCUGCUUGUGCUUCCUCUGCUUGCGUUUCCUCUGCUUGUGCUUCCUCUCUUGGCGCUUCCUCUGCUUGCUUCCUUUGCCUGCGCUCCUCUGCUUGUGCUGCCUCUGCUUGUGCUUCCUCUGCUUGUGCUUCCUUUGCUUGUGCUUCCUCUACUUGCGCUACCUUUGCUAGUGCUUCCUCUGCUUGUGCUUCCUCUGCUUGCGCUCCUCUGCUUGUGCUUCCUCUUCUUGCGAUUCCUCUGCUUGCACUUCCUCUGCUUGCGCUUCCUCUAUUUGCGCUUCCUCUGCUUGCGCUUCCUCUACUUGCGCUCCUCUGCUUGUGCUUCCUCUGCUUGCGCUUCCUCUGCUUGUGCUUCCUUUGCUUGCGCUUCCUCUGCUUGUGCUUCCUCUUCUUGCGCUUCCUCUGCUUGCGCUUCCUCUGCUUGCGCUUUUUCUGCUUGUGCUUCCUAUGCUUAUGCUUCCUCUGCUUGUGCUUCCUCUGCUUGCGCUUCCUCUACUUGUGCUUCCUCUGCUUACGCUUCCUCUGCUUGCGCUUCCUCUGCUUACGCUUCCUCUGCUUGCGCUUCCUCUGCUUGCGCUUCCUCUGCUUGCGCUUCCUCUGCUUGCGCUUCCUCUGCUUGCGCUUCCUCUAUUGGGCUCCUUUGCUUGUGCUUCCUUUGCUUGUGCUUCCUCUGCUUGCGCUUCCUCUGCUUGUGCUUCCUCUGCUUGUGCUUCCUCUGCUUGCGCUUCCUCUGCUUGUGCUUCCUCUGCUUACGCUUCCUCUACUUGCGCUUCCUUUGCUUGUGCUUCCUCUGCUUGUGCUUCCUCUACUUACGCUUCCUCUGCUUGCGCUUCCUCUACUUGCGCUCCUCUCCUUGUGCUUCCUCUGCUUGUGCUUCCUCUGCUUGCGCUUCCUCUUCUUGUGCUUCCUCUGCUCCCGCUUCCUCUGCUUGCGCUCCUCUGCUUCUGCUUCCUCUGCUUGUGCUUCCUGCAUGUGCUUCCUCCGCUUGCGCUUCCUCUGCUUACGCUUCCUCUGCUUGCGCUUCCUCUGCUUGCGCUUCCUCUGCUUGCGCUUCCUCUUCUUGCGCUUCCUCUGCUUACGCUUCCUCUGCUUGUGCUUCCUCUGCUUGCUCUUCCUUUGCUUACGCUUCCUCUGCUUGCGCUCCUCUACUUGCGCUUCCUCUGCUUGUGCUUCCUCUGCUUGCGCUUCCUCUGCUUGUGCUUCUUCUCCUUGCGCUUCCUCUGCUUGUGCUUCCUCUGCUUGUGCUUCCUCUGCUUGCGCUUCCUCUGCUUGCGCUUCCUCGGCUUGCGCUUCCUCUUCUUGCUCUUCCUCUGCUUACGCUUCCUCUGCUUGUGCUUCCUCUGCUUGCUCUUCCUUUGCUUACGCUUCCUCUGCUUGCGCUCCUCUGCUUGCGCUUUCUCUGCUUGUGCUUCCUCUGCUUGCGCUUCCUCUGCUUGUGCUUCCUCUCCUUGCACUUCCUCUGCUUGUGCUUCCUCUGCUUGUGCUUCCUCUGCUUGCGCUCCUCUGCUUGUGCUUCCUCUGCUUGUGCUUCCUGCUUGUGCUUCCUCUGCUUGCGCUUCCUCUGCUUGUGCUUCCUCUACUUGCGCUUCCACUGCUUGCGCUUCCUCUGCUUGCGCUUCCUCUUCUUGCGCUUCCACUGCUUACGCUUCUUCUGCUUGUGCUUCCUCUGCUUGCUCUUCCUUUGCUUACGCUUCCUCUGCCUGCGCUCCUCUGCUUGUGCUUCCUCUGCUUGUGCUUCCUCUGCUUGCGCUUCCUCUGCUUGUGCUUCCUCUACUUGCGCUUCCUCUGCUUGUGCUUUCUCUGCUUGGGCUUCCUCUGCUUGCGCUUCUCUGCUUCUGCUUCCUCUACUUGUGCUUCCUGCUUGUGCUUCUUCUGCUUGCGCUUCCUCUGCUUACGCUUUCUCUGCUUGCGCUUCCUCUGCUUGCGCUUCCUCUACUUGCGCUUCCUCUUCUUGCGCUUCCUCUGCUUACGCUUCCUCUACUUGUGCUUCCUCUGCUUGCUCUUCCUUUGCUUACGCUUCCUCUGCUUGCGCUCCUCUGCUUGCGCUUCCUCUGCUUGUGCUUCCUCUGCUUGCGCUUCCUCUGCUUGUGCUUCCUCUCCUUGCGCUUCCUCUGCUUGUGCUUCCUCUGCUUGCGCUUCCUAUGCUUGCGCUCCUCUGCUUGUGCUUCCUCUGCCUGUGCUUCCUGCUUGUGCUUCCUCUGCUUGCGCUUCCUCUACUUGUGCUUCCUCUACUUGCGCUUCCACUGCUUGCGCUUCCUCUACUUGCGCUUCCUCUGCUUGUGCUUUCUCUGCUUGGGCUUCCUCUGCUUGCGCUUCUCUGCUUCUGCUUCCUCUACUUGUGCUUCCUGCUUGUGCUUCCUCUGCUUGCGCUUCCUCUGCUUACGCUUUCUCUGCUUGCGCUUCCUCUGCUUGCGCUUCCUUUGCUUGCGCUUCCUCUUCUUGCGCUUCCUCUGCUUACGCUUCCUCUGCUUGUGCUUCCUCUGCUUGCUCUUCCUUUGCUUACGCUUCCUCUGCUUGCGCUCCUCUGCUUGCGCUUCCUCUGCUUGUGCUUCCUCUGCUUGCGCUUCCUCUGCUUGUGCUUCCUCUCCUUGCGCUUCCUCUGCUUGUGCUUCCUCUGCUUGCGCUUCCUAUGCUUGCGCUCCUCUGCUUGUGCUUCCUCUGCCUAUGCCUUCAGCUUGUGCUUCCUCUGCUUGCGCUUCCUCUACUUGCGCCUCCACUGCUUACGCUUCCUCUGCUUGUGCUUCCUCUGCUUGCUCUUCCUUUGCUUACGCUUCCUCUGCCUGGGCUCCUCUGCUUGUGCUUCCUCUACUUGUGCUUCCUCUGCUUGCGCUUGCUCUGCUUGUGCUUCCUCUACUUGCGCUUCCUCUGCUUGUGCUUCCUCUGCUUGGGCUUCCUCUGCUUGUGCUCCUUUGCUUGUGCUUCCUCUUCUUGGGAUUCCUAUGCUUGCGCUUCCUCUGCUUGCGCUUCCUCUAUUUGCGCUUCCUCUGCUUGCGCUUCCUCUACUUGCGCUCCUCUGCUUCUUCUUCCUCUGCUUGCGCUUCCUCUGCUUGUGCUUCGUCUGCUUGCGCCUCCUCUGCUUGUGCUUCCUCUACUUGCGCUUCCUGUGCUUGCGCUUCCUCUGCUUGCGCUUUCUCUGCUUGUGCUUCCUCUUCUUAUGCUUCCUCUGCUUAUGCUUCCUCUGCUUGCGCUUCCUCUACUUGUGCUUCCUCUGCUUACGCUUCCUCUGCUUGCGCUUCCUCUGCUUGCGCUUCCUCUGCUUGCGCUUCCUCUGCUUGCGCUUCCUCUGCUUGUGCUUCCUCUGCUUGCGCUUCCUCUGCUUGCGCUUCCUCUGCUUGGGCUCCUCUGCUUGUGCUUCCUCUGCUUGUGCUUCCUCUGCUUGUGCUUCCUCUGCUUGUGCUUCCUCUGCUUGCACUUCCUCUGCUUGUGCUUCCUCUGCUUGCGCUUCCUCUGCUUGCGCUUCCUCUGCUUGUGCUUCCUCUACUUGUGCUUCCUCUGCUUGUGCUUCCUCUACUUGCGCUUCCUCUACUUGCGCUCCUCUGCUUGUGCUUCCUCUGCUUGUGCUUCCUCUGCUUGCGCUUCCUCUUCUUGUGCUUCCUCUGCUUGCGCUUCCUCUACUUGUGCUUCCUCUGCUUGCGCUUCCUCUGUUGGGCUUCCUCUGCUUGGGCUUCCUCUGCUUGCGCUUCCUCUCCUUGCGCUUCCUCUGCUUGCGCUUCCUCUGCUUGCGCUCCUCUGCUUGUGCUUCUUCUGCUUGUGCUUCCUGCUUUUGCUUCCUCUGCUUGCUCUUCCUUUGCUUACGCUUCCUCUGCCUGCGCUUCCUCUGCUUGUGCUUCCUCUACUUGCGCUUCCUCUGCUUGCGCUUCCUCUGCUUGUGCUUCCUCUACUUGCGCUCCUCUGCUGGUGCUUCCUCUGCUUGCGAUUCCUCUGCUUGCGCUUCCUCUGCUUGCGCUUCCUCUACUUGUGCUUCCUCUGCUUGUGCUUCAUCUGCUUGCGCUUCCUCUGCUUGCGCUUCCUCUGCUUGCACUUCAUCUGCUUGUGCUUCCUCUGCUUGCGCUUCCUCUGAUUGUGCUUCCUCUAUUUGCGCUUCCUCUGCUUGCGCUUCCUCUAUUUGCGCUUCCUUUUCUUGCGCUUCCAUUGCUUACGAUUCCUCUGCUUGUGCUUCCUCUGCUUGCUCUUCCUUUGCUUACGCUUCCUCUGCCUGCGCUCCUCUGCUUGUGCUUCCUCUGCUUGUGCUUCCUCUGCUUGCGCUUCCUCUGCUUGUGCUUCCUCUGCUUGCGCUUCCUCUGCCUGCGCUUCCUCUGCUUGCGCUUCCUCUGCUUGCGCUUCCUCUGCUUGCGCUUCCUCUGCUUGCGCUUCCUCUGCUUGGGCUCCUCUGCUUGUACUUCCUCUGCUUGUGCUUCCUCUGCUUGCGCUUCCUCUACUUGUGCUUCUUCUGCUUGUGCUUCCUCUCCUUGCGCUUCCCCUGCUUGUGCUUCCUCUGCUUGCGCUUCCUCUGCUUGCGCUUCCGCUGCUUGUGCUUCCUCAGCUUGUGCUUCCUCUGCUUGUGCUUCCUCUGCUUGCGUUUCCUCUGCUUAAGCUUCCUCUGCUUGUGCUUCCUCUGCUUGCGCUCCUCUGCUUGUGCUUCCUCUGCUUGUGCUUCCUCUGCUUGCGCUCCCUCUGCUUGUGCUUCCUCUGCUUUCGCUUCUUCUGCUUGUGCUUCCUCUGCUUGCGCUUCCUCUGCUUGCGCUCCUCUGCUUGUGCUUCCUCCGCUUGUGCUUCCUACUUGUGCUUCCUCUGCUUGCGCUUCCUCUGCUUGUGCUUCCUCUACUUGCGCUUCCUCUGCUUGCGCUUCCUCUGCUUGCGCUUCCUCUUCUUGCGCUUCCUCUGCUUACGCUACCUCUGCUUGUGCUUCCUCUGCUUGCUCUUCCUUUGCUUACGCUUCCUCUGCUUGCGCUCCUCUGCUUGUGCGUUCUCUGCUUGUGCUUCCUCUGCUUGCGCUUCCUCCGCUUGUGCAUCCUCUACUUGCGCUUCCUCUGCUUGUGCUUCCUCUACUUGCGCUUCCUCUGCUUGCGCUCCUCUGCUUGUGCUUCCUCUGCUUGUGCUUCCUGCUUUUGCUUCCUCUACUUGCGCUUCCUAUGCUUGUGCUUCCUCUACUUGCGCUUCCUCUGCUUGCGCUUCCUGUGCUUGCGCUUCCUCUUCUUGCGCUUCCUGUGCUUACGCUUCCUCUGCUUGUGCUUCCUCUGCUUGCUCUUCCUUUGCUUACGCUUCCUCUGCCUGCGCUUCUCUGCUUGUGCUUCCUCUGCUUGUGCUUCCUUUGCUUGCGCUUCCUCUGCUUGUGCUUCCUCUACUUGCGCUUCCUCUGCUUGUGCUUCCUCUGCUUGCGAUUCCUCUGCUUGCGCUCCUCUGCUUGUUCUUCCUCUGCUUGUGCUUCCUCUGCUUGUGCUUCCUCUGCUUGUGCUUCCUUUGCUUACGCUUCCUCAGCUUGCGCUCCUCUGCUUGUGCUUCCUCUGCUUGUGCUUCCUCUGCUUGCGCUUCCUCUACUUGUGCAUCCUCUACUUGCGCUUCCUCUGCUUGUGCUUCCUCUGCUUGCGCUUCCUCUGCUUGCGCUCAUCUGCUUGGGCUUCCUCUGCUUGUGCUUCCUGCUUGUGCUUCCUCUACUUGCGCUUCCUCUGCUUGUGCUUUCUCUACUUGCACUUCCUCUGCUUGCGCUUCCUGUGCUUGCGCUUCCUCUUCUUGCGCUUCCUGUGCUUACGCUUCCUCUGCUUGUGCUUCCUCUGCUUGUGCUUCCUCUGCUUGCGCUUCCUCUGCUUGCGCUUCCUCUGCUUGCACUUCAUCUGCUUGUGCUUCCUCUGCUUGCGCUUCCUCUGCUUGUGCUUCCUCUGCUUGCGCUUCCUCUGCCUGCGCUUCCUCUGCUUGCGCUUCCUCUGCUUGCGCUUCCUCUGCUUGCGCUUCCUCUGCUUGCGCUUCCUCUGCUUGGGCUCCUCUGCUUGUGCUUCCUCUGCUUGUGCAUCCUCUGCUUGCGCUUCCUCUGCUUGUGCUUCUUCUGCUUGUGCUUCCUCUCCUUGCGCUUCCCCUGCUUGUGCUUCCUCUGCUUGUGCUUCCUCUGCUUGCGCUUCCGCUGCUUGUGCUUCCUCUGCUUGUGCUUCCUCUGCUUGCGUUUCCUCUGCUUAAGCUUCCUCUGCUUGCGCUUCUUCUGCUUGCGCUCCUCUGCUUGUGCUUCCUCUGCUUGUGCUUCCUCUGCUUGCGCUUCCUCUGCUUGUGCUUCCUUUGCUUUCGCUUCUUCUGCUUGUGCUUCCUCUGCUUGCGCUUCCUCUGCUUGCGCUCCUCUGCUUGUGCUUCCUCUGCUUGUGCUUCCUGCUUGUGCUUCCUCUGCUUGCGCUUCCUCUGCUUGUGCUUCCUCUACUUGCGCUUCCUCUGCUUGCGCUUCCUCUGCUUGCGCUUCCUCUUCUUGCGCUUCCUCUGCUUACGCUACCUCUGCUUGUGCUUCCUCUGCUUGCUCUUCCUUUGCUUACGCUUCCUCUGCUUGCGCUCCUCUGCUUGUGCGUUCUCUGCUUGUGCUUCCUCUGCUUGCGCUUCCUCCGCUUGUGCAUCCUCUACUUGCGCUUCCUCUGCUUGUGCUUCCUCUGCUUGCGAUUCCUCUGCUUGCGCUCCUCUGCUUGUGCUUCCUCUGCUUGUGCUUCCUGCUUUUGCUUCCUCUACUUGCGCUUCCUCUGCUUGUGCUUCCUCUACUUGCGCUUCCUCUGCUUGCGCUUCCUGUGCUUGCGCUUCCUCUUCUUGCGCUUCCUGUGCUUACGCUUCCUCUGCUUGUGCUUCCUCUGCUUGCUCUUCCUUUGCUUACGCUUCCUCUGCCUGCGCUUCUCUGCUUGUGCUUCCUCUGCUUGUGCUUUCUUUGCUUGCGCUUCCACUGCUUGUGCUUCCUCUACUUGCGCUUCCUCUGCUUGUGCUUCCUCUGCUUGCGAUUCCUCUGCUUGCGCUCCUCUGCUUGUUCUUCCUCUGCUUGUGCUUCCUCUGCUUGUGCUUCCUCUGCUUGUGCUUCCUUUGCUUACGCUUCCUCAGCUUGCGCUCCUCUGCUUGUAUUUCCUCUGCUUGUGCUUCCUCUGCUUGCGCUUCCUCUACUUGUGCAUCCUCUACUUGCGCUUCCUCUGCUUGUGCUUCCUCUGCUUGCGCUUCCUCUGCUUGCGCUCCUCUGCUUGUGCUUCCUCUGCUUGUGCUUCCUGCUUGUGCUUCCUCUACUUGCGCUUCCUCUGCUUGUGCUUCCUCUACUUGCACUUCCUCUGCUUGCGCUUCCUGUGCUUGCGCUUCCUCUUCUUGCGCUUCCUGUGCUUACGCUUCCUCUGCUUGUGCUUCCUCGGCUUGCUCAUCCUUUGCUUACGCUUCCUCUGCCUGCGCUCCUCUGCUUGUGCUUCCUCUGCUUGUGCUUCCUUUGCUUGCGUUUCCUCUGCUUGUGCUUCCUCUACUUGCGCUUCCUUUGCUUGUGCUUCCUCUGCUUGCGCUUCCUCUGCUUGCGCUCCUCUGCUUGUGCUUCCUCUGCUUGCGAUUCCUCUGCUUGCGCUUCCUCUGCUUGCGCUUCCUCUGCUUGCGCUUCCUCUGCUUCCGCUUCCUCUGCUUGCGCUUCCCCUGCUUGCGCUUCCUCUGCUUGCGCUUCCUCUGCUUGCGCUUCCUUUGCUUGCGCUUCCUCUGCUUGCGCUUCCUAUGCUUGCGCUUCCUCUGCUUGGGCUCCUUUGCUUGUGCUUCCUCUGCUUGUGCUUCCUUUGCUUGUGCUUCCUCUGCUUCUGCUUCCUCUGCUUGUGCUUCCUCUGCUUGUGGUUCCUCUGCUUGUGCUUUCUCUGCUUGUGCUUCCUCUGCUUGUGCUUCCUCUGCUUGUGCUACCUCUGCUUGUGCUUCCUCUGCUUGCGCUUCCUUUGCUUGCGCUCCUGUGCUCGUGCUUCCUCUGCUUGUGCUUCCUCUGCUUGUGUUUCCUCUGCUUGUGCUUCCUCUGCUUGUGCUUCCUCUGCUUGUGCUUCUUUGCUUGCGCUUCCUUUGCUUGCGCUCCUGUGCUCCUGCUUCCUCUGCUUGUGCUUCCUGCUUGUGCUUCCUCUGCUUGCGCUUCCUCUGCGCUUCCUCUGCUUGCGCUUCCUCUGCUUGCACUUCCUUUGCUUGCGCUUCCUCUUCUUGCGCUUCCUCAGCUUAUGCUUCCUCUGAUUGUGCUUCCUCAUCUUGCUCUUCCUUUGCUUACGCUUCCUCUGCUUGCGCUCCUCUGCUUGUGCUUCCUCUGCUUGUGCUUCCUUUCCUUGCAAUUCCUCUGCUUGUGCUUCCUCUGCUUGCGCUUCCUCUGCUUGCGCUCCUCUACUUGUGCUUCCUCUGCUUGUGCUUCCUGCUUGUGCUUCCUCUGCUUGUGCUUCCUCUACUUGCGCUCCUCUGCUUGUGCUUCCUUUGCAUGCGCUUCCUCUGCUUGCGCUUCCUAUGCUUGCGCUUCCUCUGCUUGGGCUCCUUUGCUUGUGCUUCCUCUGCUUGUGCUUCCUUUGCUUGUGCUUCCUCUGCUUGUGCUUCCUCUGCUUGUGCUUCCUCUGCUUGUGCUUCCUCUGCUUGUGCUUCCUCUGCUUGCGCUUCCUCUGCUUGUGCUUCCUCUGCUUGCGUUUCCUUUGCUUGCGCUCCUCUGCUCCUGCUUCCUGUGCUUGUGCUUCCUGCUUGUGCUUCCUCUGCUUGCGCUUCCUCUGCUUACGCUUCCUCUGCUUGCGCUUCCUCUGCUUGUGCUUCCUCUGCUUGCGCUUCCUCUGCUUGCGCUCCUCUGCUUGUGCUUUCUUUGCUUGCGAUUCCUCUGCUUGCGCUUCCUCUGCUUGCGCUUCCUCUGCUUGCGCUUCCUCUGCUUCCGCUUCCUCUGCUUGUGCUUCCUCUGCUUGCGCUUCCUCUGCUUGCGCUUCCUCUGCUUGCGCUUCCUUUGCUUGCGCUUCCUCUGCUUGUGCUUCCUAUGCUUGCGCUUCCUCUGCUUGGGCUCCUUUGCUUGUGCUUCCUCUGCUUGUGCUUCCUUUGCUUGUGCUUCCUCUGCUUGUGCUUCCUCUGCUUGUGCUUCCUCUGCUUGUGCUUCCUCUGCUUGCGCUUCCUCUGCGCUUCCUAUGCUUGCGCUUCCUCUGCUUGCACUUCCUCUGCUUGCGCUUCCUCUUCUUGCGCUUCGUCAGCUUAUGCUUCCUCUGAUUGUGCUUCCUCAUCUUGCUCUUCCUUUGCUUACGCUUCCUCUGCUUGCGCUCCUCUGCUUGUGCUUCCUCUGCUUGUGCUUCCUUUCCUUGCAAUUCCUCUGCUUGUGCUUCCUCUGCUUGCGCUUCCUCUGCUUACGCUCCUCUACUUGUGCUUCCUCUGCUUGUGCUUCCUCCUUGUGCUUCCUCUGCUUGUGCUUCCUCUGCUUGUGCUUCCUCUACUUGCGCUUCCUCUGCUUGCGCUUCCUUUGCUUGCGCUUCCUCCUCUUGCGCUUUCUCUGCUUACGCUUCCUCUGCUUGUGCUUCCUCUGCUUGCUCUUCCUUUGCUUACGCUUCCUCAGCCUGCGCUCCUCUGCUUGUGCUUCCUCUGCUUGUGCGUCAUCUACUUGUGCUUCCUCUGCUUGUGCUUCCUCUACUUGCGCUUCUUCUGCUUGUGCUUCCUCUGCUUGUGCUUCCUCUGCUUGCGCUCCUCUGCUUGUGCUUCCUCUGCUUGCGAUUCCUCUGCUUGCGCUUCCUCUGCCUUCGCUUCCUCUACUUGCGCUCCUAUGCUUAUGCUUCCUCUGCUUGUGCUUCCUCUGCUUGCGCUUCCUCUGCUUGUGCUUCCUCUACUUGCACUUCCUCUGCUUGUGCUUCCUCUGCUUGUGCUUCCUCUACUUGCGCUCCUCUGCUUGUGCUUCCUCUGCUUGUGCUUCCUCUGCUUGUGCUUCCUCUUCUUGUGCUUCCUCUUCUUGCGCUUCCUCUGCUUUCGCUUCCUCUGGUUGUGACUCCUCUGUUUGCGCUUCCUCUACUUGCGCUUCCUCUACUUGCGCUUCCUCUGCUUGGGCAUCCUCUGCUUGCGCUUCCUCUGCUUGCCCUUCCUCUGCUUGCGCUUCCUCUUCUUGCGCUCCUCUGCUUGUGCUUCCUCUGCUUGUGCUUCCUCUGCUUGCGCUUUCUCUGCUUGUGCUUCUUCUGCUUCCGCUUCCUCUACUUGUGCUUCCUCUGCUUGCGCUUCCUUUGCUUGUUCUUCCUCUUCUUGUGCUUCCUCUUCUUGCGCUUCCUCUGCUAGUGCUUCCUCUGCUUACACUUCCUCUGCUUGCGCUUCCUCUGCUCGCGCUUCCUCUGCUUGUGCUUCCUCUGCUUGUGCUUCCUCUGCUUGUGCUUCCUCAACUUGUGCUUCCUCUGCUUGCGCUUCCUCUGGUUGUGACUCCUCACCUUCCGCUUCCUCUGCUUGCGCUCCCUCUGCUUGUGCUUCCUCUUCUUGCCCUUCCUCUGCUUGCGCUUCCUCUGCUUGCGCUCCUCUGCUUGUGCUUUCUCUGCUUGUGCUUCCUCUGCUUGCGCUUCCUCUGCUUGUGCUUCCUCUACUUACGCUUCCUCUGCUUGCGCUUCCUCUGCUCACGCUUCCUCUGCUUCUCCCGCAUCCUCUGCUUGCAUUUCCUCUGCUUGUGCUUCCUCUUCUUGCGCUUCCUCUGUUUGCGCUUCCUCUGCUUGCGCUCCUCUGCUUGUGCUUCCUCUGCUUGUGCUUCCUUUGCUUGCGUUUCCUCUGCUUGUGCUUCUUCAGCUUCCGCUUCCUUUGCUUGUUCUUCCUCUGCUUGUGCUUCCUCUGCUUGUGCUUCCUGCUUGUGCUUCCUCUACUUGUGCUUCCUCUGCUUGUGCUUCCUCUACUUGCACUUCCUCUGCUUGCGCUUCCUUUGCUUGCGCUUCCUCCUCUUGCGCUUCCUCUGCUUACGCUUCCUCUGCUUGUGCUUCCUCUGCUUGCUCUUCCUUUGCUUACGCUUCCUCAGCCUGCGCUCCUCUGCUUGUGCUUCCUCUGCUUGUGCGUCCUCUACUUGCGCUUCCUCUGCUUGUGCUUCCUCUACUUGCGCUUCUUCUGCUUGUGCUUCCUCUGCUUGUGCUUCCUCUGCUUGCGCUCCUCUGCUUGUGCUUCCUCUGCUUGCGAUUCCUCUGCUUGCGCUUCCUCUGCUUUCGCUUCCGCUGCUUGCGCUCCUCUGCUUGUGCUUCCUCUGCUUGUGCUUCCUCUUCUUGCUCUUCCUCUGCUUGUGCUUCCUCUACUUGCACUUCCUCUGCUUGUGCUUCCUCUUCUUGUGCUUCCUCUACUUGCGCUCCUCUGCUUGUGCUUCCUCUACUUGUGCUUCCUCUGCUUGUGCUUCCUCUUCUUGUGCUUCCUCUGCUUGCGCUUCCUCUGCUUUCGCUUCCUCUGGUUGUGACUCCUCUGCUUGUGCUUCCUCUACUUGCGCUUCCUCUACUUGCGCUUCCUCUGCUUGGGCAUCCUCUGCUUGCGCUUCCUCUGCUUGCACUUCCUCUGCUUGCACUUCCUCUUCUUGCGCUCCUCUGCUUGUGCUUCCUCUGCUUGUGCUUCCUCUGCUUGCGCUUCCUCUGCUUGUGCUUCUUCUGCUUCCGCUUCCUCUACUUGUGCUUCCUCUGCUUGCGCUUCCUUUGCUUGUUCUUCCUCUUCUUGUGCUUCCUCUUCUUGCGCUUCCUCUGCUAGUGCUUCCUCUGCUUACACUUCCUCUGCUUGUGCUUCCUCUACUUGCACUUCCUCUGCUUGUGCUUCCUCUUCUUGUGCUUCCUCUACUUGCUCUCCUCUGCUUGUGCUUCCUUUGCUUGCGCUUCCUCUGCUUGCGCUUCCUAUGCUUGCGCUUCCUCUGCUUGGGCUCCUUUGCUUGUGCUUCCUCUGCUUGUGCUUCCUUUGCUUGUGCUUCCUCUGCUUGUGCUUCCUCUGCUUGUGCUUCCUCUGCUUGUGCUUCCUCUGCUUGUGCUUCCUCUGCUUGCGCAUCCUCUGCUUGUGCUUCCUCUGCUUGCGCUUCCUUUGCUUGCGCUCCUCUGCUCCUGGGUCCUCUGCUUGUGCUUCCUUAUGCUUCCUCUGAUUGUGCUUCCUCAUCUUGCUCUUCCUUUGCUUACGCUUCCUCUGCUUGCGCUCCUCUGCUUGUGCUUCCUCUGCUUGUGCUUCCUUUCCUUGCAAUUCCUCUGUUUUUGCUUCCAAUGCUUUCGCUUCCUCUGCUUGCGCUCCUCUACUUGUGCUUCCUCUGCUUGUCCUUCCUGCUUGUGCUUUCUCUACUUGUGCUUCCUCUGCUUGUGCUUCCUCUACUUGCGCUUCCUCUGCUUGCGCUUCCUGUGCUUGCGCUUCCUCCUCUUGCGCUUCCUCUGCUUACGCUUCCUCUGCUUGUGCUUCCUCUGCUUGCUCUUCCUUUGCUAACGCUUCCUCAGCCUGCGCUCCUCUGCUUGUGCUUCCUCUGCUUGUGCGUCCUCUACUUGCGCUUCCUCUGCUUGUGCUUCCUCUACUUGCGCUUCUUCUACUUGUGCUUCCUCUGCUUGUGCUUCCUCUGCUUGCGCUCUUCUGCUUGUGCUUCCUCUGCUUGCGAUUCCUCUGCUUUCGCUUCCUCUGCUUUCGCUUCCUCUACUUGCGUUCUCUGCUUGUGCUUCCUCUGCUUGUGCUUCCUCUGCUUGCUCUUCCUUUGCUUACGCUUCCUCUGCCUGCGCUCCUCUGCUUAUGCUUCCUCUGCUUGUGCUUCCUCUACUUGCACUUCCUCUGCUUGUGCUUCCUCUGCUUGUGCUUCCUCUACUUGCGCUCCUCUGCUUGUGCUUCCUCUGCUUGUGCUUCCUCUGCUUGUGCUUCCUCUUCUUGUGCUUCCUCUGCUUGCGCUUCCUCUGCUUUCGCUUCCUCUGGUUGUGACUCCUCUGCUUGCGCUUCCUCUACUUGCGCUUCCUCUACUUGCGCUUCCUUUGCUUGGGCAUCCUCUGCUUGCGCUUCCUCUGCUUGCACUUCCUCUGCUUGCGCUUCCUCUUCUUGCGCUCCUCUGCUUGUGCUUCCUCUGCUUGUGCUUCGUCUCCUUGCGCUUCCCCUGCUUGUGCUUCUUCUGCUUCCGCUUCCUCUACUUGUGCUUCCUCUGCUUGCGCUUCCUUUGCUUCUCCCGCUUCCUCUGCUUGUGCUUCCUCUUCUUGCGCUUCCUCUGUUUGCGCUUCCUCUGCUUGCGCUCCUCUGCUUGUGCUUCCUCUGCUUGUGCUUCCUUUGCUUGCGUUUCCUCUGCUUGUGCUUCUUCAGCUUCCGCUUCCUUUGCUUGUUCUUCCUCUGCUUGUGCUUCCUCUGCUUGUGCUUCUUGCUUGUGCUUCCUCUACUUGUGCUUCCUCUGCUUGUGCUUCCUCUACUUGCGCUUCCUCUGCUUGCGCUUCCUUUGCUUGCGCUUCCUCCUCUUGCGCUUCCUCUGCUUACGCUUCCUCUGCUUGUGCUUCCUCUACUUGCUCUUCCUUUGCUUACGCUUCCUCAGCCUGCGCUCCUCUGCUUGUGCUUCCUCUGCUUGUGCGUCCUCUACUUGCGCUUCCUCUGCUUGUGCUUCCUCUACUUGCGCUUCUUCUGCUUGUGCUUCCUCUGCUUGUGCUUCGUCUGCUUGCGCUCCUCUACUUGUGCUUCCUCUGCUUGCGAUUCCUCUGCUUGCGCUUCCUCUGCUUUCGCUUCCUCUACUUGCGCUCCUUUGCUUGUGCUUCCUCUGCUUGUGCUUCCUCUUCUUGCUCUUCCUUUGCAUACGCUUCCUCUGCCUGCGCUCCUCUGCUUAUGCUUCCUCUGCUUGUGCUUCCUCUGCUUGCGCUUCCUCUGCUUGUGCUUCCUCUACUUGCACUUCCUCUGCUUGUGCUUCCUCUUCUUGUGCUUCCUCUACUUGCGCUCCUCUGCUUGUGCUUCCUCUACUUGUGCUUCCUCUGCUUGUGCUUCCUCUUCUUGUGCUUCCUCUGCUUGCGCUUCCUCUGCUUUCGCUUCCUCUAGUUUGCUUCCUCUGCUUACACUUCCUCUGCUUGUGCUUCCUCUACUUGCACUUCUUCUGCUUGUGCUUCCUCUUCUUGUGCUUCCUCUACUUGCGCUCCUCUGCUUGUGCUUCCUUUGCUUGCGCUUCCUCUGCUUGCGCUUCCUAUGCUUGCGCUUCCUCUGCUUGGGCUCCUUUGCUUGUGCUUCCUCUGCUUGUGCUUCCUUUGCUUGUGCUUCCUCUGCUUGUGCUUCCUCUGCUUGUGCUUCCUCUGCUUGUGCUUCCUCUGCUUGUGCUUCCUCUGCUUGCACAUCCUCUGCUUGUGCUUCCUCUGCUUGCGCUUCCUUUGCUUGCGCUCCUCUGCUCAUGCUUCCUCUGCUUGUGCUUCCUGCUUGUGCUUCCUCUGCUUGCGCUUCCUCUGCUUACGCUUCCUCUGCUUGAGCUUCCUCUGCUUGCACUUCCUCUGCUUGCGCUUCCUCUUCUUGCGCUUCCUCAGCUUAUGCUUCCUCUGAUUGUGCUUCCUCAUCUUGCUCUUCCUUUGCUUACGCUUCCUCUGCUUGCGCUCCUCUGCUUGUGCUUCCUCUGCUUGUGCUUCCUUUCCUUGAAAUUCCUCUGUUUUUGCUUCCUCUGCUUGCGCUUCCUCUGCUUGCGCUCCUCUACUUGUGCUUCCUCUGCAUGUCCUUCCUGCUUGUGCUUCCUCUACUUGUGCUUCCUCUGCUUGUGCUUCCUCUACUUGCGCUUCCUCUGCUUGCGCUUCCUUUGCUUGCGCUUCCUCCUCUUGCGCUUCCUCUGCUUACGCUUCCUCUGCUUGUGCUUCCUCUGCUUGCUCUUCCUUUGCUUACGCUUCCUCAGCCUGCGCUCCUCUGCUUGUGCUUCCUCUGCUUGUGCAUCCUCUACUUGCGCUUCCUCUGCUUGUGCUUCCUCUGCUUGCUCUUCCUUUGCUUACGCUUCCUCAGCCUGCGCUCCUCUGCUUGAGCUUCCUCUGCUUGUGCAUCCUCUACUUGCGCUUCCUCUGCUUGUGCUUCCUCUACUUGCGCUUCUUCUGCUUGUGCUUCCUCUGCUUGUGCUUCCUCUGCUUGCGCUCUUCUGCUUGUGCUUCCUCUGCUUGCGAUUCCUCUGCUUGCGCUUCCUCUGCUUUCGCUUCCUCUACUUGCGCUCCUCUGCUUGUGCUUCCUCUGCUUGUGCUUCCUCUGCUUGCUCUUCCUUUGCUUACGCUUCCUCUGCCUGCGCUCCUCUGCUUAUGCUUCCUCUGCUUGUGCUUCCUCUGCUUGCGCUUCGUCUGCUUGUGCUUCCUCUACUUGCACUUCCUCUGCUUGUGCUUCCAUUGCUUGUGCUUCCUCUACUUGCGCUCCUCUGCUUGUGCUUCCUCACCUUGUGCUUCCUCUACUUGUGCUUCCUCUUCUUGUGCUUCCUCUGCUUGCGCUUCCUCUGCUCGCGCUUCCUCUGCUUGUGCUUCCUCUGCUUGUGCUUCCUCUGCUUGUGCUUCCUCAACUUGUGCUUCUUCUCCUUGCGCUUCCUCUGCUCCUGCUUCCUCUGCUUGCAUUUCCUCUGCUUGUGCUUCCUCUUCUUGCGCUUCCUCUGUUUGCGCUUCCUCUGCUUGCGCUCCUCUGCUUGUGCUUCCUCUGCUUGUGCUUCCUUUGCUUGCGUUUCCUUUGCUUGUGCUUCUUCAGCUUCCGCUUCCUUUGCUUGUUCUUCCUCUGCUUGUGCUUCCUCUGCUUGUCCUUCCUGCUUGUGCUUCCUCUACUUGUGCUUCCUCUGCUUGUGCUUCCUCUACUUGCGCUUCCUCUGCUUGCGCUUCCUUUGCUUGCGCUUCCUCCUCUUGCGCUUCCUCUGCUUACGCUUCCUCUGCUUGUGCUUCCUCUGCUUGCUCUUCCUUUGCUUACGCUUCCUCAGCCUGCGCUCCCCUGCUUGUGCUUCCUCUGCUUGUGCGUCCUCUACUUGCGCUUCCUCUGCUUGUGCUUCCUCUACUUGCGCUUCUUCUGCUUGUGCUUCCUCUGCUUGUGCUUCCUCUGCUUGCGCUCCUCUGCUUGUGCUUCCUCUGCUUGCGAUUCCUCUGCUUGCGCUUCCUCUGCUUUCGCUUCCUCUACUUGCGCUCCUCUGCUUGUGCUUCCUUUGCUUGUGCUUCCUCUGCUUGCUCUUCCUUUUCAUACGCUUCCUCUGCCUGCGCUCCUCUGCUUAUGCUUCCUAUGCUUGUGCUUCCUCUGCUUGCGCUUCCUCUGCUUGUGCUUCCUCUACUUGCACUUCCUCUGCUUGUGCUUCCUCUUCUUGUGCUUCCUCUACUUGCGCUCCUCUGCUUGUGCUUCCUCUACUUGUGCUUCCUCUGCUUGUGCUUCCUCUUCUUGUGCUUCCUCUGCUUGCGCUUCCUCUGCUUUCGCUUCCUCUGGUUGUGACUCCUCUGCUUGCGCUUCCUCUACUUGCACUUCCUCUACUUGCGCUUCCUCUGCUUGGGCAUCCUCUGCUUGCGCUUCCUCUGCUUGCACUUCCUCUGCUUGCGCUUCCUCUUCUUGCGCUCCUCUGCUUGUGCUUCCUCUGCUUGUGCUUCCUCUGCUUGCGCUUCCUCUGCUUGUGCUUCUUCUGCUUCCGCUUCCUCUACUUUGCUUCCUCUGCUUACACUUUCUCUGCUUGCGCUUCCUCUGCUCGCGCUUCCUCUGCUUGUGCUUCCUCUGCUUGUGCUUCCUCUGCUUGUGCUUCCUCAACUUGUGCUUCCUCUGCUUGCGCUUCCUCUGGUUGUUUUUCCUCACCUUCCGCUUCCUCUGCUUGCGCUUCCUCUGCUUGUGCUUCCUCUUCUUGCCCUUCCUCUGCUUGCGCUCCUCUGCUUGUGCUUCCUCUGCUUGUGCUUCCUCUGCUUGCGCUUCCUCUGCUUGUGCUUCCUCUACUUACGCUUCCUCUGCUUGCGCUUCCUCUGCUCACGCUUCCUCUGCUUGUGCUUCCUCUGCUUGUGCUUCCUCUGCUUGUGCUUCCUCAACUUGCGCUUCCUCUGCUUGGGCUUCCUCUGGUUGUGACUCCUCAGCUCCAGCUUCCUCUGCUUGCAUUUCCUCUGCUUGUGCUUCCUCUUCUAGCGCUUCCUCUGUUUGCGCUUCCUCUGCUUGCGCUCCUCUGCUUGUGCUUCCUCUGCUUGUGCUUCCUUUGCUUGCGUUUCCUCUGCUUGUGCUUCUUCAGCUUCCGCUUCCUUUGCUUGUUCUUCCUCUGCUUGUGCUUCCUCUGCUUGCGCUUCCUCUGCUUGCGCUUCCUAUGCUUGCGCUUCCUCUGCUUGGGCUCCUUUAUUUGUGCUUCCUCUGCUUGUGCUUCCUUUGCUUGUGCUUCCUCUGCUUGUGCUUCCUCUGCUUGUGCUUCGUCUGCUUGUGCUUCCUCUGCUUGUGCUUCCUCUGCUUGCGCUUCCUCUGCUUGUGCUUCCUCUGCUUGCGCUUCCUUUGCUUGCGCUCCUCUGCUCCUGCUUCCUCUGCUUGUGCUUCCUGCUUGUGCUUCCUCUGCUUGCGCUUCCUCUUCUUAUGCUUCCUCUGCUUGCGCUUCCUCUGCUUGCACUUCCUCUGCUUGCGCUUCCUCUUCUUGCGCUUCCUCAGCUUAUGCUUCCUCUGAUUGUGCUUCCUCAUCUUUCUCUUCCUUUGCUUACGCUUCCUCUGCUUGCGCUCCUCUGCUUGUGCUUCCUCUGCUUGUGCUUCCUUUCCUUGCAAUUCCUCUGCUUGUGCUUCCUCUGCUUGCGCUUCCUCUGCUUGCGCUCCUCUACUUGUGCUUCCUUUGCUUGUGCUUCCUCUGCUUGUGCUUCCUCUGCUUGUGCUUCCUCUACUUGCGCUUCCUCUGCUUGCGCUUCCUUUGCUUGCGCUUCCUCCUCUUGCGCUUCCUCUGCUUACGCUUCCUCUGCUUGUGCUUCCUCUGCUUGCUCUUCCUUUGCUUACGCUUCCUCAGCCUGCGCUCCUCUGCUUGUGCUUCCUCUGCUUGUGCGUCCUCUACUUGCGCUUCCUCUGCUUGUGCUUCCUCUACUUGGGCUUCUUCUGGUUGUGCUUCCUCUGCUUGUGCUUCCUCUGCUUGCGAUCCUCUGCUUGUGCUUCCUUUGCUUGCGAUUCCUCUGCUUGCGCUUCCUCUGCUUUUGCUUCCUCUACUUGCGCUCCUAUGCUUGUGCUUCCUCUGCUUGUGCUUCCUCUGCUUGCUCUUCCUUUGCUUACGCUUCCUCUGCCUGCGCUCCUCUGCUUAUGCUUCCUCUGCUUGUGCUUCCUCUGCUUGCGCUUCCUCUGCUUGUGCUUCCUCUACUUGCACUUCCUCUGCUUGUGCUUCCUCUUCUUGUGCUUCCUCUACUUGCACUUCUCUGCUUGUGCUUCCUCAGCUUGUGAUUCCUCUGCUUGCGCUUCCUCUUCUUGAGCUUCCUUUGCUUGCGCUCCUCUGCUUGUGCUUCCUCUGCUUGCGCUUCCUCUACUUGUGCUUCCUCUGCUUGCGCUUCCUCUGCUUGCGCUUCCUCUGCUUGCGCUUCCUCUGCUUGCGCUUCCUCUGCUUGUGCUCCUCUGCUUGCGCUUCCUCUGCUUGUGCUUCUUCUACUUGCGCUUCCUCUGCUUGCGCUUCCUCUCAUUGCGCUUCCUCUACUUGCGCUUCCUCUGCUUGCGCUCCUCUGCUUGUGCUUCCUCUGCUUGCGCUUUCUCUGCUUGUGCUUCCUGUGCUUGCGCCUCCUCUGCUUGUGCUUCCUCUGCUUGCGCUUCCUCUGCUUGCACUUCCUCUGCAUGCGCUUCCUCUGCUUGUGCUUCCUCUGCUUAUGCUUCCUCUGCUUGUGCUUCCUCUGCUUGCGCUUCCUCUGCUUGUGCUUCCUCUGCUUGCGCUUCCUCUGCUUGCUCUUCCUCUGCUUGCGCUUCCUCUGCUUGCGCUCCUCUACUUGUGCUUCCUUUGCUUGUGCUUACUCUGCUUGUGCUUCCUCUGCUUGUGCUUCCUCUACUUGCGCUUCCUCUGCUUGCGCUUCCUUUGCUUGCGCUUCCUCCUCUUGCGCUUCCUCUGCUUACGCUUCCUCUGCUUGUGCUUCCUCUGCUUGCUCUUCCUUUGCUUACGCUUCCUCAGCCUGCGCUCCUCUGCUUGUGCUUCCUCUGCUUGUGCGUCCUCUACUUGCGCUUCCUCUGCUUGUGCUUCCUCUACUUGGGCUUCUUCUGGUUGUGCUUCCUCUGCUUGUGCUUCCUCUGCUUGCGCUCCUCUGCUUCUGCUUCCUCUGCUUGCGAUUCCUCUGCUUGCGCUUCCUCUGCUUUUGCUUCCUCUACUUGCGCUCCUCUGGUUAUGCUUCCUCUGCUUGUGCUUCCUCUGCUUGCUCUUCCUUUGCUUACGCUUCCUCUGCCUGCGCUCCUCUGCUUAUGCUUCCUCUGCUUGUGCUUCCUCUGCUUGCGCUUCCUCUGCUUGUGCUUCCUCUACUUGCACUUCCUCUGCUUGUGCUUCCUCUUCUUGUGCUUCCUCUACUUGCACUUCUCUGCUUGUGCUUCCUCUGCUUGUCAUUCCUCUGCUUGCGCUUCCUCUUCUUGAGCUUCCUUUGCUUGCGCUCCUCUAA